UCCGGCAAGAGAGGGCGCGCCGGGGGAGGGCGGGCGCUCGGGAGCAUAGAGUGUCCGGAGGCCUGAGGCUAGAGAGGCCGCUUGGCGGCCAAAUCCCCUGCGUAGGGCUGGGAGGAGGUGGCGGCUGUGGGGGUGCUGCUGCGGGGUCCGCGGCGCCUGUCGCCAUAGAGUCCUGGGAGAGCUCUGGGCAGAGCCCCCCCCACUCCCCCGGGAUAAUUAAGGCGACCCCCGCCUGGUCAGUGUCCCGGGCUGACGCGUCCUCAACCUCAGGAUGGUUCUUGCGUCACAGGGUGGCCACGUGGCGUGGUGACGUCAUGACGUCCACCUGUGGCAUCACCACUGCCAAGCCCCCCUGCCCACCCCUCUGGCUGUGGGGCCAGCCCCUGGAGAGAAGCAGAGGGGAUGCGUGCUCCCCCUCCCCUUGCAGGGUGAAAGCGCCCCGGGGUGUGUCCAGGGGAGCCUUCAUGGCCCCUAUGAAGUGUGACCAGCACCAACACCUCCAGAGCAUGAGCUGCUGUGACCAGGAGGGCCCGGCGCCAACACUAUUCUCUACUAUCCCACAGCAACACUCGUGUCACCGUCACACUGCAUUGCCACCACAGGCUGCCCUUCCGUGUGUGGGUGAUUACACCAGGCACCAGCCCUGCUGAAGCAAGGGGCAGUGGAGUGGAGCUCCGUGAUACGUUGUGUGCGCUUGCUGGAACCGUCGUUCCCAUCACACACUGUGUCCCAGCAGAGCCAACACUCCCGGACGUUCUGCUCAAGGCUCUAACACUCCAACCCACGUGGCUGGCUGGUUGGGAGUUCAUUGUGGUGCAAGCACAAAGCCUAGUGGGUAGCAUGGCCAAUCUGUCCCUGUAGCUGUGACAGAGGACUGGAGGAGGGGGUUGUCAACCUCCAAUAAUCAGAUGAGUCCUUUCCAUGCAGUCUCAGCAGAGGGGCUGCAAUCAAGGCCUGCAUGAGCUCUGGAGGGAUAAACACCUCCCUCACCCUUCAAGAAGAAGAGCUAGGCAUGUUAAGAGGCAUAACACAGGCAAGGCGGGCAUCUGGCUUGGUCGCGUGCCUGUUCUGCGGGUAAAUGGACCAUGUUAGUCUUCAGGGACCAUUUUUACCUGCUGCUCACCAGCUGCUGAUUUGUCCCCAGAGAGAUCUGUAUUUGCUUAGCUUCCUCCCCCUUCCUGUUGGCACAGAGUUGGGAUGGCAGGGGCAGUUAACUGAGGGUGAGGGACAUUAGCACUGCUGGGCAGGGAGAAGCUGCUGAGCUGAGAUGCGCUAAGUGGAUUCCUCUCUGGAAUCAUCAGGUGCAUUAAGGACCUACUCGCUUGCACACACCAGGGAAGCUGCUUGGCAAUGAACAGGCUAUGAAGCCCCACCUUUUCCUGCCUCUCCCCACCAGCAUCACUGUCCUCUGAGAAUGGGGGUGGAGACUGUAUAAAGGGGUCUCUCAGCUCCAGCCUGCCCAGAGUAGCAGCAAGGCAGAGGAAGGCUACCAUCUGGAUCCCAGGUUUAAAGGAGCAGCCCUCCCAAGUAGCUCUGGGAGCAUCACCCAUCGCUCCACUGAUCUCCCAUCCCUGCCUUGGUCUCAGCAUCCCAUCUCGACGGGGCUAGCAGGCAUUAGCCAGUUCUUCCCACGCUGUGCCAAAUGCCCACGGUCUCUUCCGGGAUGAAUUGUGUAGCCAACUUCUUCACCUAUGAGACCACCAAGUCAGUGGUGGUGAAGAGCUGGACCAUCGGUGUGAUCAACCGCGCCGUGCAGCUGCUCAUUGUCUCAUACUUCAUUGGCUGGGUGUUCCUACAUGAGAAGGCAUACCAGGUGCGGGACACAGCUAUCGAAUCCUCUGUGGUGACAAAGGUCAAGGGCUUCGGCAAAUACGCCAACCAGGUCAUGGACGUGGUGGAUUACGUCACACCUCCCCAGGGCACAUCUGUCUUUGUGAUUAUCACCAAGCAGAUCGUCACAGAGAACCAGAUGCAAGGUUUCUGCCCUGAGUCUGAAGCAAGGUACAGGUGUAGGUCAGACAGUGAAUGCCAGAAGCUCAUCUCUGCCACAGGAAGCGUUUCCUCUGCAGGGAUCCUGACCGGACGGUGCGUGAAAUACAACCAGACCCUGCACACCUGUGAGAUCCAAGGCUGGUGCCCAGCAGAGGUGGACACUGUAGAUGUGCCCAUCAUGCUGGAGGCAGAGAAUUUCACUCUCUUCAUUAAGAACAGCAUCCGCUUCCCACUCUUCAACUUUGAGAAGGGUAACCUGCUUCCUGACCUGACAGUCCAGGAUAUACGGCGCUGCCACUUCCACCCCAUCAGCCAGCCCUUCUGCCCCAUCCUGCGUCUGGGUGACAUUGUCAAGUUUGCUGGCCAGGAUUUCGCCAAUCUGGCCUCCACGGGAGGAGUCGUGGGUAUCAAGAUCGGGUGGGUGUGUGACCUGGAUCAGUCAUGGGAUCGUUGUGUGCCCAACUACUCCUUCACCCGGCUUGACAGUGUCUCCCAGAAGAACAGCAUCUCUCGUGGAUACAACUUCAGGUAUGCCAAAUACUACAGACAUGGGAACGGCACUGAGUACAGGACCCUGAUGAAGGCCUUUGGCAUCCGCUUUGACGUCCUGGUCUAUGGGAACGCUGGGAAAUUCAACAUCAUCCCAACCCUCAUCAACGCUGUAGCAGCAUUUACCUCUGUGGGGGUGGGCACUGUCCUAUGCGACAUCAUCCUCCUCAACUUCCUCAAGGGGGCUGAGCAGUACAAAGCCAAAAAGUUUGAAGAGGUGACGGAGGUGAACCUGCCUCCAGCCGUCUCCAACAGCCCUGUGUACAGGAGCAGCCAGACAUUGGGAGGCCGGAGCGAGGAGAAGCAGUCUACUGACUCAGGGGCAUAUUCCAUUGGCCUCUAGCCCCAGAGCCAGUCCAGGACUUCAUGCCCCUACUCAGUGCACAGGCCUCUCUACCUGGCUUCACAGUGCAGAAUGGUUUCUCUUUUAUACCCCCUUUCAUGAUCCUCCAGUCCCACAGCUGUCCAACACCACCACAGGUGGGUGGAAAGGCCAGUAACACCAUCCUUUUCCUCACUACCAACCAGUCUUUCUCUGCCAGGGAGAGCCUUGGACCUUCCUUCUACAAGCCUCCUCCUCUUCCUACAACACACACUCAGGGGGACACCUUGGGAUUUGUGGCUUGCCCCUGUCUGAAGCCAGGGGUGCCUGGCCUGGCCACAGAGUCCCUCACCAUGUCCAGUAAACCUGUUUAGGCAUUUGCCAUCUGACAUGGGUGCCAGCCUGCCUGACAUUGGUGUCACUGGUUGUAUAACAGCAUGCUUAGCUCUGUGCAAAACAAGACAGUCCUCACCUCCUGGGAUGCUUUCAGCCACCAUAAAAUGCUUGUCUAGGAUCCUCAGCAGGGGAUCCUCUCUCCAGGUUGGAGGUGCUAGAAGAACACCCCAAUCCCUUUUCCUAGCAGCCGGCAGGCUGAUAGUGUUGAGAGAGUGGUCCAGCUUCAGGGCUUGGAUUAUGGGUUGCCCAGCUUUCCAGCAUAGGGCACUCUUCCUAGGAUGGCAGGUCUUGUCCACACUGGGACAAGGGACCAUCCUGACUCCCUUCCCUUCUGACAGCUGACUGGGCUUGCCCCCUCCAGCACUCCUCCCAGUGCCCUUUGUCUGUGCUUGUGGCUAGGAGGUGCAGCUGGCCACCAGAUGUGAGCAUAGAUUCUGAGACUCAGGGAGACACCCUCCCCACCCCUAUACUGCCCACUUCCACAGCACCAUAGCCACAGGGGCUUUUUAGUCAAUAAAACUCACCCUCUUGUGAGCUCUCAAA